AGCAAAAGUAAAGGUACAUACUUCACGAGGAGAAGGAUGGCGAUUUUAUCAAGUACAUUCAUUUUACGUAUUUUUAUAGUUGCUCUCUUAUCCCUUAAAAAUCCCAUGCUCUGUAUCCGAGCACCAUGGUUGAGUACUUGGCAAACCUUCACACAAAACCAACCCAGUCCGACCGUCAUCCCCCACCCCCUCAACGAGUACCCCGCCAAAGUGGACGUGCAGAUCCGUGUGACCGAAGGCUCACAGCAGCAGAUAUUUUCUGGGAUUGGUUCGUGUCAGCGUGAUGAUGAUGAUCCCAAUCCUUAUGGGGGGAUUGUUUACAUCUAUAACCAUCAAGAAGUGAAGCUCUACACCCCUAUCAUCUCCAAUACUCCUUCCAGUAACCAGGACGGCGUGUUUGCUUACACUGGUGGAGCUGUGUUCAACGGACCAUUUGCGGGUAAAUACGCAACAGCUGACAUCAGAGUGAGGGUUUGGAGAAUGUGCGAUUUCCCGCCAGCAAACUUUACGUCUGCAAAUGUUUACACUGUGUCUACUUCAGGCUCUUCUUACACUGAUAUACCACACAACAUUGGAUAUUAUCCAGAUCUAAUUGUUGUACAAUUAAAACUGCCAAAUGGCUUUGUUUCUGAAGCACAAGGUGCAGUAUUUAAGGAACAAGCCGUUUAUUCCUAUAACAUUGUAUGUGGAGUAAUAAUGGCAUAUGAUAGCAGCAACAUUCGUCUUUGGCCAGCGACUAAUGGUAUUGGGUCUGGGCAAUAUGGAGUAUUUUGUGUCUCGGAUGGAUGGAGUACUACUGAAUCAGCAUAUACAUAUUCAUCCGCCGAUGUCUAUGUGCAAGCAUGGAAAUUCAGCAUUUCGGACAUUCUGUUCACUCAGACGGACACAAGAGGUUCGGGAAUAUCUGUUUCUUCUACCAUCACUCUGCCACAGCCAUUUAAUAUAGAUAACCACAUAUUUCUUGUGCAGUCACAAGCUGUGGACGGAAGCUAUAUCAACUACAUUUUUGAGGGGGCAGGGUCAGCGCUUAGUGACGGCUCGGCUUUCUUCGCGAGAAUGGGUGCUGUGGUGUACUCGUACAAUCAGAACGAAAUCAAUUUGUGGUACCCGGGUGCUGGAGACUACCUUAUAUUCAUUGGUGGUACUUGGGGUUAUGGAGCCCCUACACAGCAAUCCACUACAGCCAGUGUGUCAGUCAAAGUCUUUAAAGCGGAUUCAACAUUGCCAGGAUGCGGAUGUUCCAAUUGUUCAUCGGACUGGAAUACCCUUACCACCACAUGUGUAACAAGUCCCCCAGAUGAUAUCGCGAACGCCUACAAAUUGUUCUCUUAUAACACCACUGUAUAUACUUGCAUGCCUGGCUACCAAUCAAAUGGAGGGAAAAGUGUCAUUGCUUACACAGGGACUCAAUGGGAGCAAACGGACUUCAACUGUACAGUAGUAUCGACUGCCUGUGUGUUUACCACUAACACAAUAAUAUACAACAUCACAACUUUACAAGAAAGAGUAGACGACCUGAAAAAGAAUCUCACAAUUGAUACCAGAAACACGAGUGCGUACCGCCGAUCCUUGACAUGCGCAUCCGACCCCCGACCAAGCGCCGCACAUGUCGGUUAUCUAGGGAUCUGUAUCCUCAGUGUUACUGGCGGAUUGCUUCUUUGUGCUGAUCUGUCACGUUUGGCGAAAUCAGACGAAAAUGAGCACUACUACGAUUAUUGAACUAUUUUGUAUCACUACAGGACUGGUUGGUCGUGGUCCCCUUUUAAUCUUCUUGGGAUGAAGAGCUCAAUAUUAUAAUAUAUUGUAAUCCCAAAGUAGAAUAUAGUGUUAUAAAAAGGUCUUUGUAUAUUAGGUGUGCCCAUACUUUAACAAUAAAAUGUAAAAUUUAAAAUCCAGCAGAUUAGAUACAUGUAAUUUUAUAAUCGCUUUUCUUCUCAUGCUUAUAGUAAAAGGGAAAAUAAAUUACUACUUGAUGGAAUUGAAAUUGAAAUUAAAAGCGACCGCAAAAUCAAAAAAGGCCUACACGUUACCACGAGUCCACGCAUUUCACAAAAAAUAGUACGUCUUUUCAAUAUAUGUUGUUAUAAAUAUGGUUGUAUUAGAAAAGUCACUAAUUGAAAUAUUUGUCUAAUUUUCAGUACGAAGUCCACGUUAAACCAAAAUUAAUUCAAUGUAAACUUUUACAAAACCUGUAGAACAUUAUUUUACUCGGAUUUCGUUGGUUUUAAGUGUUUAAAAUAGUCAAAAACCAACUUUAAUUUUUAUUGCAUACUAAUUAUUUUCCUAUAUAUAAAUAUAUCCCUAACAAAACCUAAAGAUUUAAAUGAAGUAGUGUAGGACAAUUAAGACUCUUUAGUCUUUAAACAUGGUAAUAGUGUGAUUUGUCUUCUUUGAAAACAUUUCUGAUGUUUGCAAAAGCUCUAUAUUGUAGCCGAAAAAUGGAAAAAGGCGGUAUACCUCUUUAAUCUUUCAUCUGACAUAUUUAAUGUGUCAUCCAGCAUCCUUCGAUUGAAAUAUGAUUUUUAUGUUAAACUCUGUUAUGCGUACCUAUACCAUGAAUUUGAAAGCUUAUAUACAUCAGAAAUUAAUUAAGUAAUUAAGCAGUAUUGUAAGCCAAACAUAUCGCAAGAUCUACAUUGACAUGUACAAGUGUAUCAAUUGCACAUGGCAUUUUAGCAAGAUGCCAACAUUGCUUUCUUUAUUGUCGAAGUCUGUUGCAUUCGCGCAUGCGAGGUCAUCCUAUAAAUUAUGUGUUUGUGUUUUAAUUUAUAAAUAAUUUAUGUUCGGUUGAACUAGAUAAGAUAAGAUGUUUAUUUGGUACUUAAAGGCCAUUGCCCACUGUACAUUUAGGCAUCAUAUCUAUAUGCAACAUAAACAUGUUAUAUACAUAAUGUAGAUACAUAGAAAAUUUGAAACAGGAGCAAUACUGUAUUGUUUUAACAUAGAUUGUCAUAGAGUUAGCAUUUCUUGUCUUAUUGACAGACCUUUUUUUAAUAAAAAUUGCUGUACAUUUGAUGACAUUUUGGUCAUUGCUGUUAAAAAGAUGGUAAAUACAAAUUGGAACAUCUUUUCUGAAUGAUGGACAGUGAAACAAAAAAUUUCUUCUUUUAAAAGUCCUCCAACAUUGGACAGUGAAAUACAAAAGUGUACUUCAUUUUCAAUUUGUCUUAAAUUACAAAGUUGACAUAAUCUAUCCACACUAUCAAUUCCCUCAAAUCUACCCUCUUCAAUGCGUAAUUUGUGUAAGGAACACCUAAACGAGGCUAAUGCCUGUUUUAAGGGGUAGCUUAGAAAUGAGAGGUAACUCUUACAUGCAAGUUGUUUUUUAAACAUCACAUAGAAAGCACACUUUUGUGAAUUGUCUAACUUUGAGUUCCAUUCCUGUAGGGCACAGUCUUUCACCCUUUGGUUCAAUUCUGACAUAAAGACCUUUAAAUCUCCUGGGCCACCACUUAACCAAACGUCCCCA